AUGGCCGACAUGGCGCACUCUACACCGAGUACUACAAUAACCCUCGAUGAGAAACUGACCGAUGCCGACGCAAGAGCCCCAGCGCGCUCUCUACACGACCACAGCCUGACUCCAGAGAAACUCCCUUACUGGCAGGUCAAUGUGCCGCCAUCACAGAGGACCGAGGAAUGCCCCAGGUUUCUUCGCGACUUAUCUCCAAAGGCCAUCCGGUGUAUGUCCAUUCCCGAUGACCAGUAUAUCCGACAGGACUGGGCGGAAGUGAAGGAGAUAAUCAGAACCAACCGCAUUGAUCGGUUCCAGCGCGUCCCCAGCGAAACGCGCAAGUAUCACGAAUACGUAACGCGCAUCAAAGCCGAGUACUCAUCAGUCGUGAGAUUCAUGAUGAAAAAAAGACUCCACUGGGGCGACGGCGACAUCACCGAUCUCCAACCCCGAGGCAAACCAUUUGAGUACGAAGAGGACAUCCGAAUCCUAUACAACGACUGGCCCUACGGGGUUGCAAAAGACAUCAUCCAUCUGGUCGUAUGGACAAAGUUCGCACUGGAAGACGACCCAUCGACAGACGAACUGUCCGCAAGCGCGCGGGAUGACAUAGAAGCCUAUGUGCGGCGCACGUUUUGGCGAAUACCGCGCGAACAGGUCAUCUGGUUUAGGAAUUGGAAGUCGCUCAAGUCUGUUCAUGCGGUUGAACAUUUCCAUGUUAUGAUUUGGCGUCCCGAUAUGGAAUUUAUAAGGGAGAUCACCCGUGGAGAUGUACCGCUGAUCGAACGGGUAUCCAUUUGA